CGAGAUACGUCGUCCUGUGCGUAUUCUCUCAUGGCAACGCCAGCGUGUUCGAACCGGCAGCGUAAUUCGUCGCUCUAACUCGCCAGGUAAUUAAGGCAUUGGGCGGUCACCGAUGGGACAUUGCAACAAUGAGAGUGUCGGUUGCUGCGUUUUAAGAACCCCAGACAAUCUCGCCCUGGGAAACAAAGCAUCUUCUCCAAGUAGCCGUGGUGACGGAGGCCGCUCUAGCGAGCAGACGACAUUGUUAACAGCUCCGGCAGACUAUUGUGCUCCGCCUUGCUGUGUCCAAGUGCUAAUUACACUGUCUAAAUCUUAGCCUUACCUCAUUUCCUGGAUGAAGCGCAGAUUCAGUGUUUGAAACCCAAUAUGGCGUCGCCCGCCGCCUUCACAUCUGAGCAGACGACAGCCAGCAGACGACAGUUCAUUGUGUGGGACUAAUUUGAUACACACUUCAAGACUGAUGAUUUUAGCUUUGAACUUAAACAAACAGUUUAAUCUUGAAAGGAAUCUUCUAACCAGUUUUGAAAAGCAAGUCUCUCGCCCCAGGAGAAAGAAUGGCGAUCGGGCCACGCGACGUGGCCGUCCUGCACGUGCUCUGUGCUGCCAUCUUGACCACAGUUGUGGCCACCGUUCGGCCAACAUACUGGCAAGACAACUGCCAAACACUGUCCACGGAAGUUGAUAUCGUAAAGAACAUUGUAGCCGAGGUUAACGGUCAUAGGUUACAGGUCAGCUGCGUUGCCAGGGUAACGGUGAACAAGUGUGAGGGGGUUUGUGAAUCAGUCGUAUCUCCCAGUGUGCACCACUACCCCUUUAAGAAGGACUGCCGUUGUUGUCGGGAAGGGGAACAAGCUCAGAGGCGCAUUGUGAUGCAGGAAUGUUACGGAGAAGACGGGAAUCUCGUGCCGCAUCUACAUCCGGCAACAACGAUCAAGGAUCUGCGCAACUGUGGCUGUUUCCGGUGUGAAAAUUGAUACAAACUGGAUUGUGUUGACUUUGGCGUGCAUCCGGUUUCAGUCUGAGAAACUGGAAUUAGAAUUCCGACUCGUCGUUGUGACAUGACUCUGUCACAACGGAAACAGACUACCUUCCUAGUGUUCAUGGCUGUUGACUGACUUACGUUUCUGUUACUUUGCCGCGAUAUCUGCUGGACUCGAUCACCGUCAGAGGUGAGAUAAGGUGUUUCUUUUUGUCAUGGCGACACGGAAGGCUUGGUCACAACUUAAACCGGUUUCGGUGACACGGAAGGAUUUUUCACAACUGAAACCGGUUUCUUACUUCCCUUUGGAGACUGACCCGAUCCUAUGGAUUGAGUUUAUUUUAACCUGACCAGGAAUCAAUUACAGCCUCCUGACAUGUACAGGUCUAUCCCAGUAUGAUACUAGUUAUAAACACAUCUGAUAAUAGUUAUAAACACGUGUAAUACUAGUUAUAAACGCGUCUGAUACUAGUUAUAAACACCUCUAAUACUAGUUAUAAACACGUCUGAUACUAGUUAUAAACACGUCUGAUACUAGUUAUAAACACGUCUGAUACUAGUUAUAAACACCUCUAAUACUAGUUAUAAACACCUCUUAUAAACACCUCUAAUACUAGUUAUAAACACGUCUGAUAAUAGGUAUAAACACGUCUGGUAAUAGUUAUAAACAUGUCUCAUAAUAAUCAUAAACACGUCUGAUAAUAGUUAUAAACACACCUAUAAUAGUUAUAAACACGUCUGAUACUGGUUAUAAAGACGUCUGAUAAUAGUUAUAAACAAUGGGUAUGAUAGUACGUUGACUAAAAUGGCCUCUUCAGAAGUGCAAUAAACCCGACGUGUUCAGUGUCGUUAUGUCGUUGACUGUAGUUGUCAUGGCUGGUGCUGGUGUUUACAUUAACCCACAUAAAAAGAAAAAUCCCGUUUCUCAGCACCGACCGACCCUUGAACGUGCUGCUGAGGAAAUCAAAAUUAGAUUCGUUUUUUUCAUGUUCUAGUUGUUCCGCCGUCCUCCUUUCCGAAACUGGCUGCGUUCAAUACCCAUUAAGAGGCACCCUUAACACCAUCGUUUUCUUCGAGUUUAUGGGGGCGGUGGAGUAGCCUAGUGGUGUAAGAGUUCGCUCGUCUCGCCUAAGGCCUGUGUUUGUUCCCCCACAUGGGUACAUUAUAUGAAGCCUAUUUCUGGUGUGAUAUUGCUGGAAUAUUGCUAAAUGCGGUCUAAGAUAUUCUCACUCACUUGUUUAUUUAUCCAAAAUAUAAUCUAGGUUUGGAACUAUUGUAUUGGUGAUAUAUACCAAAUUCCUGUUGGUAUUUUUGUCUUAUUUAGCACAAAAAUCUGAAAAAGCCGAUGUGUUUCAAAGUCAAGCCAGAUAUGACUAGUCAAGAACAAGCCACACCGAUACACAAAAAGGCUAAAUUUAAAAUUCGAUAAUCAAUUGGUUUCAUAAUCAAUUAAGAUCAGUACGUUUCGUAAUAGUUAUCUAGUUUUGUUUUCCGUGGGUUGUUGGUAGAUUUCAAUAUCGUUUAUCAACUUUUUAGUGAGAUUAUCAAGUAGUUUCACAACCACUUAGAGUAACCUCGCUUAAAAAUAAAUAUAAGACAGAGAGAAACAAUCGGCUCCGAAAUGUCCGCACUUGUGUAGUGAAAGGUCUUGAUCACAUAUAGAAUACCGUAUUCGACGCAAUAAGCGCCUGGGGCUCUCUCAAAAUUAGAAAUAGGGGGCUCUGAUUCAAAUAUUAUUUUGGUGAAAAAAAACAGAGUUGAAAGAUAAAUU